UCUAUGUAUAGUCGACAGAUUUUGCAUUCUCACAAAUUAGUGAUUGGAGAGAAAAACGAGAAGGUCACGAUAUAACGGGGUCCUAAUUAAUCAUCUUAUAAUUGGGACUGUCUUUGCUGAAAAAUCCCCAGUCGCCAUGGAGGGGCAAAAUGACACAGACUGCAAAAAUCUUGAUCUAAGCAAUGAGGGUAUUUUUUCAAGUAUGUAUUCAUCAACCUUUCCAUCGUUUGGGGGAGAAUUUUCGGCAUUUCAGAAUUGGAGGAAUUGUUUUAAACGAAACAGCGAUGAAUUCCAAAGAACUUUGGAAGAUUUAAAAAACAGAGGAUGGUGGGACACAGGGUAUCGUCUGACAAAAUCCGAAAAUGUUUCAAACAACUUGGAAGACAAUUUUUCUAAAAGUGAAAGUAAAAUGACUAAAGGGAUCGAAACGACUUCUCUUGGACACUGUUUGCCUGCAUUUGCACCCGUGUUUGCUGGACUAAUGCACAGACGAAGGAGACGAGAGAACAGACCCAGACGACAAAGAACGACGUUCUCUAGCGAGCAGACGGUCAAACUGGAAAUCGAGUACAGUCGCACCGAAUACAUCACUCGCUCGAGACGGUAUGAACUAGCGGAAAUACUCUGUCUCACAGAAAACCAGAUCAAAAUUUGGUUCCAAAACAGACGAGCAAAAGAAAAAAGGAUAGAGAAAGCUCACAUGGACCACCAUCUGAGAAGUCUAAGCAUCAGUGGACAAACAGCUAGUACAUUUAUCUCUAAGUGUUCCAGUGGUAGUCUUUGUGAAAGAAACACGUGCGCCUGGACGAGUGUCCGCAUUUUAAACCAAAAAUGGACUGUAACACAGCAAACAUUACAUGUACUAAAUGGCUAUUAA